AAUAUUUGUCAAAAAAAAGUGAAAUAUACAAGAGAAGCAAUGGAGUUGGUGGCGGCGGGACAUUUCGUCUUAAUAGCAGCUAUUUUAACAGGUUGCGGUGGAGUUCGCAGUCCUCAGCAGCCGGCGCCGAUGACGACGACCACGAGUACUGCAAUGCCGGCGCUGGUCUCCCGGUUGCCGGAUCCCCUCACCAUCGUGCAGGAGCUGCCGACAGUGACGCAGGCUAUCUGCGCCGACGCCAAUGACCCUGCCAACCCGCUCGGCAGACUGCGCAGCGCAAUGAAGAACAUCAGCUACACACAGAUGAACGCUUUCUUUGAUGCUUUCUUGGUGUUCUACAGUGAUGAGCAUUUGAGCGAAGAACCAGCCCCUGAGGAGCGUCGCUUGCAGUACAUCAGUGGAUGGGCGGGGGCGGGCACGGCGGCUGUGAGCGAGGGCGGUGCAGCUCUCUGGGUGCCAGGUAGCGACGUGCGUCGCGCGCGCGCUACCGUCUCCUGCGCCUGGCUAGUCAUCGACGAGAACGACCCUAGCCAGCCCACUAUUGCCGAAUGGAUAGCGGAACGUCCGGGUCGCAACGGUCGCGUGGGAGCGGAUGCGCGGCUGACGUCAGUCACCGACUGGCAGAGCCUGUCCAGCAGCCUGCAGCGCGAGGGCAUGCAGCUGAUCCACACGCCCACUCUGUUCGACCAGGUGUGGGCCGACGAGCCCAACCCCAUGCUGCGCCGACCCGACUUCUCAAGGAUUGUCGCUAAUCUACAUCACCUGGAGUACACUGGAAUGUCGUGGCGUGACAAGGUCUCGGCAGUGCGUCAUGAGCUGCGCGAGCUGAGCGCGGACGCGAUGGUUGUGACGGCGUUGGACGAGGUGGCGUGGUUGCUGAACGUGCGCGGCCGUGACCUGCCCUACGCGCCGCUCCUCAAGGCCUUCGUCGUCGUCAGCAUGAAGGAGGUCCGCGUGUACGCCCCCCCGGGGAAACUGUCCAUGCCGGUCCGAGAGGCCUUAGCUGUCUACAAUUGUUACACGUCUUCGAAUAAUUGUACAAGGGUUAAUGAAUACACGACAAUAUACUCCGACCUCCGACGUGCCACUGAGACAAAGAUCCUCAUUCCUACCGGAGAUACGUUCCAAAGAGGUGCGUCUGCAGCAAUCGCACAAAGCGUCCCGCAGUCCAAGAGAUUAUUCCAGUCUUCUCCUAUAAUCUACUUCAAGGCGCAGAAGAACGAGGCGGAAAUCAAGGGAAUGAGGAAAGCGCAUUUACGAGAUGCCGUCGCGAUGUGUACGGUUUUGAGUUACAUUGAGAGUAUGGGCAAGGCUGGGCUGAACGAGCUAUCAGUGGCAAUGAAGGUUGACGUGACGCGGGCGACGCAAGCUGGAUACGUGGGUCUAGCGAUGCGUACGCGCGUCGCUUUUGGCCCCAGCGCCGCGGAGCCUGACUACCGCGCUACUAACAUCACCAGCCGGCGAGUGCUGCACAACUCCACAUUGGUCAUACAGUCAGGAGGGCAGUAUGAUGAGGGCACUACGGUCGUAACCCGCACGGUGCACUACGGCGUGCCAUCGCGCGAGGAGCGACGAGCGUAUACCAUCACGCUGCGCUCGCUGGCCGCUCUCAGCACGCUGCAGAUGCCGAGCACUCUUCCGGCCGCACACGCAGACCCCGUCGCCAGGGCGCCGCUGUGGACCGCCAAGCAGGAUUAUCCCUCGAUAACUGGACAUGGCGUCGGAGCAGCGUUAAAUAGACGCGAAGAUCCCGUUGUGAUCGACUACAGACAAGACACGAACUUGCACACCUUCAGAGAAGGAUAUUUUGUUACAAGCGAGCCAGCGUGGUACGAGCCAAGGAAGUUCGGUAUAAGGCUUGGGAAUGUGUUGGAAGUAGUUGCCAAACCUAAUGGAUACUUGGGCUUCCGCGAAGCGACGCUAUUGCCGUACGAACCGAAACUGAUCGAUAGAAAUUUGUUGACAGAAUAUGAGAUAAACUGGUUGAAUGCAUACAACGAACGCAUUCGUAAGACGGUUGGUCCGGAACUCAACGACCAGGGUCUCACCGACGUUUAUUACUGGAUGAUGAACAAGACCAUACACAUCGAGCCACCUUCUAAAGCGAGGAAAAUGACCGGCUUUGCCAACAGACAAGAGAUAUCUACCCUGUUUUCUUGCGUAAUAAUACUUACCACGAUUAUGAUAUUCUAGGCGUAGUAUAAUAUUGGUAGAAAAAAAUAAAGAAGAAACUAUUCCUACACU